AUGAGUGAAGACCAAGACCCCCUUUUGGCUGGCUUGCAAGGCGAAGAAGGCCAGGAUCAGCCACAAGGAAGCAAUGGCGAUUCCAGCAAUGCUCAGGAAGAGCAGCAGGCUCCUCAGCCAACUCCAGCAGAACAGGAGAGACAAAAGGCACUUUCUAACUUCAAAGAAAAGUUGAUUGAACACAGAAAAUGGGAUGCCCGUCUUAAAGAGAUGAGAUUGAGUAUGCGAGAUAUGGAAAAGACGUAUGACAAGACAGAGAAUGACAUCAAGGCGUUACAAUCUGUGGGUCAAAUUGUCGGUGAGGUGUUGAAGCAGUUGACAGACGAAACUUUCAUUGUGAAGGCUUCAAGUGGUCCUCGCUAUAUUGUGGGUUGCCGUAAUACCAUCAAAAAGGAGAACUUGAAGAAUGGUGUCCGUGUUUCGUUAGAUAUGACGACGUUAACCAUUAUGCGUAUUUUGCCCAGAGAAGUCGAUCCAUUGGUUUACAACAUGACCACAUUCGAGCCUGGUGAGAUUUCCUUCAACGGUAUUGGUGGUCUUACAGAACAGAUUCGUGAAUUGCGUGAAGUCAUUGAGUUGCCAUUGAAGAAUCCAGAACUAUUCACUCGUGUGGGUAUCAAACCUCCCAAAGGUGUCCUCUUGUAUGGCCCUCCCGGUACCGGUAAGACAUUAUUGGCCAAGGCUGUCGCCGCUACCAUUGGUGCCAACUUCAUUUUCUCCCCAGCAUCUGCCAUUGUCGACAAGUACAUUGGUGAGUCCGCAAGAUUGAUCAGAGAAAUGUUCUCUUAUGCCAAAGAGCACGAACCCUGCAUUAUAUUUAUGGAUGAGAUCGAUGCUAUUGGUGGAAGAAGAUUCAGUGAGGGUACGUCUGCUGAUCGUGAAAUCCAAAGAACAUUAAUGGAAUUGUUGAACCAAAUGGACGGUUUCGAUACAUUGGGACAGACAAAGGUCAUCAUGGCCACAAACAGACCUGAUACUUUGGAUCCCGCCUUGUUGAGAGCUGGUAGAUUGGAUAGAAAGAUUGAAAUUGGCUUGCCAAAUGAGGCUGGUAGAUUGGAAAUUUUCAAGAUUCACACCUCCAAGGUUGCUAAGCAAGGUGAGUUCGAUUUCGAGGCUGCUGUCAAGAUGACUGAUGGCUUUAACGGUGCUGAUAUCCGUAACGUUGUCACAGAAGCUGGUUUCUUCGCAAUCAGAGACGAGAGGGACUACAUCAUUCAAAACGAUUUGAUGAAGGCCGUCAGAAAGGUCGCCGAUGUGAAGAAGCUAGAAGGUAACUUGGAUUACGAGAAGUUAUAA